UGUAAAAUGUCCGGUGAAAUUGAUAUUUUCGAUGACAACGAGGCGCAGUUGCCUCAAGACCUUGAAGAUGAUGUUGUUCAAGAAGUUUUGAAGACUGGUACCGAUUUACGUCAGUAUUCGAGACAAAUUGAAAAAGAACUAAAAGAAGUUGAAAAUAAAUCUAUUCAGGAUUAUAUAAAGGAAAGCGAAAAUAUAGCUAGUCUUCAUAAUCAAAUCGCUGCAUGCGAUAAUAUUUUAGAGAAAAUGGAAUCUAUGUUGAUGAGUUUUCAAUUAGAUUUAGGAAGUAUUAGUUCUGAAAUACUUUAUCUCCAACGUAAAUCUGUAGCAAUGAAUCAACAAUUAUCAAAUAAAACAAUAAUCAGAGGCCCUCUCAAUCAGUUUAUUGAAGAUAUGACAGUGUCAGAAGCUCUUAUUGCAGGAAUUAUGGAUUGUCCUGUGACUGAAAAAGAAUUUUUAACACUACUGCAAACAUUGAAUCACAAAAUAAAUUUUGUAAAGGAGCAGAGUUUUAAGGAAGUAAAGUCAUGUUUGGAUGUAAAAGAUAUAUUAGAAAAACUGAAAAUAAAGGCAUUAGCAAAAAUCAGAACAUAUCUUUUAGAGCAGAUUUAUAAGUUCAGAAAACCAAUGACAAAUUAUCAAGUGCCACAGAAUAAUAUGUUAAAAUAUAAAUUCUUUUUUGAGUUCAUUCUAGCAAAUGAAAGGAAUGUAGCAGAAGAAAUUUGUGGAGAAUAUAUUAGCACAAUGAGUAAAAUAUAUUACUCAUAUUUUAAAUCUUAUUCUUCAAGAUUAAUGAAAUUACAGUUUGAAGAAGGAGCUACUAAAGAUGAUUUGAUGGGAGUUGAAGAUACUGCAGGAAGAAGUAUUUUUCAUAAAACUACAUUGAAGCACAAGGGUACUGUAUUUUCUAUAGGUAAUAGAGGGGAUGUAUUAAAUUCUCAGUUGGAAGCUCCUAUCAUAGUACCUCAUACUGCAACUAAAAUAAGAUAUCAUUAUGAAGCUUUAUUCAGAAGUGAACAAUAUGCUCUUGUAGAUAAUGCUUGUAGGGAAUAUUUAUUUUUAACUGAAUUUUUUAAAGUACGUGGUGUGCAAGCAAUGGAUAUUUUUAACCAGGUAAUGGGAAAAACGUUGAAUUUGAUGGUAAAAAAUUUGCAAUCUUUCGUGGAAGAUUGCUAUGAUACAAUUGCUUUAUUCCUGUGUUUGCAUUUAGUAAUGCGUUAUCGGUUGACUUGUCAUAAAAGAGCAGUACCAGCUUUAGAUAAAUAUUGGGAUAAUAUGACAUCAGUAAUUUGGCCUAGGUAUUUGUACAAAUAUAAUAUAAUUUAAUUAAAACUCACCCAAGAAUUAGGACCACAUUAUAUUACACGAAGAUAUGCUGAGUUUAGUGCUGCAAUGGUCAGUGUAGUUGAAGGAUUUCCUUGUGAAGGAGCAACACAGUUACUAGCAGAGUUAAGGGAAGCUGUCCAAUAUUUCUUGUUAAGAAUGGCAGCUACAUUUACAAAUAGAAUUCAACAAUUAGUUUUUCUUAUUAAUAAUUAUGAUUUGAUUCUUGGUGUAUUAAUGGAAAGAACACGAGAUAAUUCAAAGGAGGCAGAAAGUUUCCGGGAUCAAUUAAAUACACGUUCUUCAGAAUACGUAGAAGAAAUUUUAAGUCCACAUUUUGGUGGUAUAAUACAGUUUGUCAAAGAAUCAGAGAUCAUGAUUGAGAAGGGUCAAACUGAUGACUCAAAAAGGCAAGAGGGAAAAGCAUUAGUUCUUGUGCAAUCUUUUACAAAUAACUGGAAACGGGCAUUAGAAGAAAUUAAUCACGAAGUACUGAAAUCUUUCCCCAGUUUAGUACUCGGUACGGCAUUGGUUCAACGUGCAAUGACGCAAUUAGUGCAGUAUUACCAUAGAUUUCACAAAAUCUUACCACCAAAUGCACGUACACAAUUGACAAACUUUCACCAUAUAAUGGUGGAAAUGAAAAAAUAUAAAGCAAAUUAUUAG